UUUCAAAUUUCAGUUUGUAACGAGCCAGCGGACAGUUAACACGCAACGCGCAUUUUUAAAAGCAAGCAGUGGUGAUACGACGAAACGCUUCACGGAAACUCCCCGCCAGUGAAGAAGAGUUAGAGAUCCCAACAAAAAGGGAAACAGGCCUCCUAAAAUAGAAGUGAAGCGGUUAGAAAUUCCGGGAAGAAUUCGAAAAAAAAAUUAAAGAAAUCAAAAUGAAAACAAUCAUUUUCGUUUCCCUCUGCCUUUGCCUGCUGGUCUCCACAGUGGUAGCUGACAAAUCCCACAAACAUUCUGGUGACUCGAAAAAGCUUUUAAAGAAUGGUGGCCAUGAGAAAAAACAUCAGCUGAAAGAAUUGCCCGAACAUAAAUUGGAACAUGCACCCAAAUCCGCAUUGCCGCUGAAAGAGGAAACCAAUCACCACGGCGUGGUGGCCGGCGAACAGAAACCCGUGCGUGAAGGUGGACGCAAACAUCGUCAUGGCAAGAAUCGCAAGGGUGGUGAACACCAUCAGCAGCAGCAACAACAACAGCAUCCAUCCGGAGGCCGUGCCCGCAAAUCUCAUGGCAAAUCGAAGUCCAAUCCAAAUGGCCCCUCGAAGACCCAUCACAAUAAGCAUUCCCGCAAACAAGGGCGUGGCAAACAGGUCCAUCAGCAACAGCAGCAACAAGCUCCACAACAACAACAGCCACCACAACAACAAUAGGUUAGAUUAAGUUAAAGAAAGAACAGAAGAUAGAAAGAACGAACGAAAGAAUGUUUUUGUAAUUGUUUUUUCAAAGUUGUAAUAUUUUAUUUUUUGCGAGUGUUUCAUAUUAUUUCAUAGUGAAAGAGUACAAGAGAACAAUAAUUAAAAACAAAUAAAUAAAUAUUUAAAAUUAAAAAAAAAAUACAAAA